ACAAACUCAGAAGUUCAAUACAUCAAUACCAUGGUCAACUCUUGUUGUGGCUCCACCUGCUGUGGCCAAAGCUGUGGCUCUGGCUGCUGUGCCCCCUGUUGCUGCCGAACUUGCUGCUGCUUCCGGCCUCCCUGCUACCAGAGCACCUGCUGCAGGACCACCUGCUACAGGCCCACCUGCAUUGUGUCCACCUGCUGUCGCCCCAACUGCUGUGGAUCCAACUGCUGUGGAUCCAGCUGCUGUGGGUCCAGCUUCUGCCAGCCCUGUUGUCGCCCAAGCUGUUGUGGCUCCAGCUGCUGUGGGUCCAGCUGCUGCCAGCCCUGUUGUCGCCCCAGCUGCUGUAUUUCUAGUUGCUGCCAGCCCUGCUGCCGCCCCAGCUGCUCUGGGUCCAGCUGCUGCCAGCCCUGUUGUCGCCCCAGCUGCUGUAUUUCUAGUUGCUGCCAGCCCUGCUGCCGCCCCAGCUGCUGUAGGUCCAGCUGCUGUUAACCUUGCAGCCAUCCCAGCUGCUGCAGGGCCUCCUGUUGAUGAAUGCUCAUUCUUCUGUAUAUCUGCGCAUCAUUAACAAUCCAUCCCACUUCUUCCCUACUUGUCUAAAGGUUGUGCAUGGCUGAUCUACACAUGACCUAUUAGAAGCUUCAACCAAAAUACUAAUAUCCAGGCUUCUGACUUAUUCAACCUCUCAAUUGUCUAUUACCCUUUUCCUUCUACAAAGAUAUUAAUUUUUAAUUAAAUUUUAUUUCAUUCACUAAAAUCCUCAUCUAAUCCUAGAUUUUCUUUCAGUCAUCAGAUUUUGUUAUUUGAUGAGAACUAUUAUUUACCACAUUUCUCACUCAUUACAGUAUUUGAAAUCUGAGAUUCCAAAA